UAAAAGAUCGUGUCAGUCGGCAGUGGGGCAUCAGUAUCACAGUCGUACCGAAAACCAAAACCAACCAAAUCAACAUGAAGUUCUUCCAAGCUGCUGCCCUGCUCCUGGCCAUGCUCGCCGCCCUGGCCAAUGCCGAGCCCGUUCCCAAGCCUGGAACUGUGCUGGUCCAGACCGACAAUGUCCAGUAUAUUCGCACCGGCUAGAGGCUCCCGAGUACCAGGACUUCAAAUGUUUGUGUUGACUGACGGCGUUGAUUUUCAUGAAUAAAAAUGAAUUGCCAAGGAAAUGAGAAAAUAAAUAUGCUUGUCAAAAUGAA